UUUCUCGGGGUUUGACCAGCUGUCCCGGGCUAACCCUGCUCCUCGCUGAAGAUGGAGGAAGUAAAAACAGGAUUACCCUUAGCUACAGAUCCACUGCCUUAGUUUCCACCACCAACUGCAGUGCACAAACACACGUUAGGCACAGGAAAGAAAGAAAGAGAGAGGAUACACUAACAGUAAACACAAACAAAAGGGUGAUGGGAUUAUUUUACUGCAUGCACUGCUGAGCCCGACAUUGUCACCUCCUCUUUGAGGGGUUAGAAGAAGCUGAGAUCUCCCGACAGAGCUGGAAAUGGUGAUGAAUCUUUUUUAAUCAAAGGACAAUUUCUUUUCACUGCACUUUGACUAUGGAAACAGAGGCUAUUGAUGGCUAUAUAACGUCAGGUGACAAUGAGCUUUCACCUGAAAGGGAGCACUCCAAUAUGGCAAUUGACCUCACCUCAAGCACACCCAAUGGACAGCAUGCCUCACCAGGUCACAUGACAAGCACAAAUUCAGUAAAGCUAGAAAUGCAGAGUGAUGAAGAGUGUGACAGGAAACCCCUGAACCGUGAAGAUGAGAUCAGGGGCCAUGAUGAAGGUAGCGGCCUAGAAGAACCCCUCAUUGAGAGCAGCGAGGUGGCCGACAACAGGAAAGUCCAGGAGCUUCAAGGCGAGGGAGGAAUCCGGCUUCCGAAUGGUAAACUGAAAUGUGACGUCUGUGGCAUGGUUUGCAUUGGGCCCAAUGUGCUUAUGGUACAUAAAAGGAGUCACACUGGUGAACGUCCCUUCCACUGUAACCAGUGUGGAGCCUCUUUUACUCAGAAGGGCAACCUUUUGAGACACAUAAAGUUACACUCUGGAGAGAAGCCGUUCAAAUGUCCUUUUUGUAGCUAUGCCUGUAGAAGAAGGGACGCCCUCACAGGACACCUCAGGACCCACUCUGUGGGUAAACCUCACAAGUGCAACUACUGUGGACGAAGCUACAAGCAGCGCAGUUCACUGGAGGAGCACAAGGAACGCUGCCACAACUAUCUCCAGAAUGUCGGCAUGGAGGCCGCGGGGCAGGUCAUGAGUCACCAUGUACCUCCUAUGGAAGAUUGUAAGGAACAAGAGCCUAUCAUGGACAACAAUAUUUCUCUGGUGCCUUUUGAGAGACCUGCUGUCAUAGAGAAGCUCACAGGGAAUAUGGGAAAACGUAAAAGCUCCACUCCACAAAAGUUUGUGGGGGAAAAGCUCAUGCGAUUCAGCUACCCAGACAUUCACUUUGAUAUGAACUUAACAUAUGAGAAGGAGGCUGAGCUAAUGCAGUCUCAUAUGAUGGACCAAGCCAUCAACAAUGCAAUCACCUACCUUGGAGCUGAGGCCCUUCACCCACUGAUGCAGCACCCGCCGAGCACAAUCGCUGAGGUGGCCCCAGUUAUAAGCUCAGCUUAUUCUCAGGUCUAUCAUCCAAAUAGGAUCGAAAGACCCAUUAGCAGGGAAACCUCCGAUAGUCAUGAAAACAACAUGGAUGGUCCUCUCUCCCUCAUCAGACCAAAGAGUCGACCCCAGGAAAGAGAGGCCUCCCCCAGCAACAGCUGCCUGGAUUCUACGGACUCAGAAAGCAGCCACGAUGACCACCAGUCCUACCAAGGAAACCCUGCCUUAAAUCCCAAAAGGAAACAAAGCCCAGCUUACAUGAAGGAGGAUGUCAAAGCUUUGGAUACCAAGGCUCCUAAGGGCUCUCUGAAGGACAUCUACAAGGUCUUCAAUGGGGAAGGAGAACAGAUUAGGGCCUUCAAAUGUGAGCACUGCCGAGUCCUUUUCCUAGACCAUGUCAUGUACACCAUUCACAUGGGUUGCCAUGGCUACCGGGACCCACUGGAAUGCAACAUCUGUGGCUACAGAAGCCAGGACCGUUACGAGUUUUCAUCACACAUCGUUCGAGGGGAGCACACAUUCCACUAGGCCUUUUCAUUCCAAAGGGGACCCCUAUGAAGUAACGAACUGCACAUGAAGAAAUACUGCACUUACAAUCCCACCUUCCCUCAGAUGUUGACAUAUCUUUUUUUUUUUUUUUUAAAUAUUAUUACUGUCAUUAAUUCUUACUUUGUGGACGCAGUGUCGUUUGCUCUGCCUAAUUACAAUAAGGAAGAAACAGAGGAGAGAAGGGACAAGGGAUAUUGUUUCUUGAUAACUUGGCUUGUUUAUUUUGUGGGAAUUUAAGAGCAGUUCCAUUUCUGCCAUGCAUAAAUGUAAGGUAUAUCAUGCUUUGAGAAAAAAAAUCACUUGAUUCAUAUAGAUUCACCUGAGAGAUUCUAAGUUGCCACUGAUGCUGAGGAUUAUGAUUGAAGGCAGGAAAGUUUAGAGUUUCUGGGUAGAACUUUUGCAGUUUAAAGUGGUAUAAGUAAUUUCACUCUUCAAGGAAGAAUUUUGUUUCAAAAUGUAAACUUUUUUAACCCCCUCUAUAGAUCAUGGAACACAAACACAUUGUUACUUUCAGUGAUAACUCCUUGGAUGAGUUGUUGUGGGUUCUAUGUUUACUUCCCCAGUGGAAUUUAUAAUACGAUAUGUUAUACACUGUACCAUAUAGGAAAACUUUUGAACUACAGGUAGUUAAGGACACCUACAAUACAUCUGAGGUCCUAUGAUCUUAUUUUUCUAAACUUAAGCACUGUUUUCCAUAGUUUUGAUGACUGGCAUUUUAUAGACACCCUGGCAGCCUUACUUUUAACACCUUUAAUGAAUAGAAUUUUUAUCUAGUUUUAAGAAUAACAUAUGGUCUAAGAGUGGCUAAGAGGCAGUCAGUAGUUUCCAGAAAGGACCUCUACUUUUCAUAAAUUUGUUUGGGAAGUUUUCUUUUAAAGUUGUAAUGUGAUGGCAGCAAGGUAUGCGUGUUUGUUUCUAAAAGUAUGCUUACGAUUGUCACUUUAUCAGCAUUUAAGCAGUGUUAACCAGUCAGCAGAAAAAUAUAAUUAGGCUAACAGUAGGGGGGAAAAAACCCACUCAGAAAUCCCUUUUCUGGUAUGUCUCUUUUCACUGGUUUUUUCAAGCUGUGACCACCCAGUGUUCUAUCCAUAGUCCAUCAUCUUUUACUAUUUGAGUAGAAGAUCAUAAAAAUCUUGCUAUAGAUUUUUGCUUUCCAAAUCUUGGAGCAAAAUUACUAAUUCUACCUGAAUGUGAUAACUUGAACCCCAUAAGGUCGUAGAAUUAGGGCUAUUUAUUCUAGUAUUUCUUCAAUAAUAAUAUUUACCACUUUUGGUGCAAGGAAAAGGGAACUUCUUUGUAACCUGUACAUUAGACUAUAGAUAAACAAAAAACAAAACUUAUUUUUACCCUUCUUGGAGUCUAGAAGGUAAUCUAACCUCCAAGUGAAAGUUACCAUGUCCUGCACAUUUUUCUGUCUUGAAAACAUUCAACUAUGUAUAAGUCCUUGUCAGAAAGGAAUCUCAAUCCCUUAGUAAAAAUUUUCUCUUCUUUUAAUCCAUACAUAUGUUGCCAUUUUUCAUGUGCAAAUUUUUUAUUUCAUUUAUAAGGGUGCUGUUUUUUUCUCUGCAGUCCAACAGCAUUAGAGGGGAGAAACCAAAUGCGAUUGAGUCAUUUGGAUCAAGUCACACUUGGAUGCAGAACUUGCUGCUUGUGUUGAGGGAUAACAGGCCUGUCCAUGACUGGAUUAUCUGUUAGCCAUUUAUGAAUACUGAUUCUGUUAAGCAGUAACUGAUAACUGCUCUAACAACAACAACAAAAAAAAGUCAGUAAAUAGGAUGCUGAAACUGUGUAAUACAGAUGAUGUGAGAACUAGCAAGAUUAGAGACCUAUGGACAGAGAAGCAAAUCUGACCCCAGUACUGACUGUUCUUUUCUCAUUUUCUCAUUUAUCAUCUGCUGAUUUAAGUGACUUCUAAGCACUAACACAGCUAGAGCUAGGCAAAAAUGAUUAUAACUCAGCUCUCCUUUACUGGCCUCUCUUGUAAUUUUUUUUGGAGAAAUAUCCAAACUGUUCCUUUAAAUCAAAGAGAAUGUACCAAAACAGAGACAUGAAAUGUUUUAAAUAGAAUGUCACCUUUUUACCCCCCUGCAUGCUUUGGUAUAUUGUGAACAUACAAUAUAUCCAAAGGUAAAGCAUGUUUUUGAGACUCCCUUACUGCCCCUACCCUAACCACUCAAAAAGAUUAGAAUUUCAUAUUUUUUUUUUCCUUUUUGGAGGAAGCUAAAUAAUUUAAGGUUCCUGAUUCUGUGUUUUACUGCAAUUUAAGGAAUCAUUUGGAUGGCAGAUAAUAUGUUCAUCACUUUGGCUAUGUGUGGAUUUCUGCUGGCAUCAUCUAGGAAUUUUCUUCCUGUUCACUGUUUGUUCUUUUCAGUGUAUGAACUAUCAUGUACCCUACUGUCCUGGGAUGAAGCUGAAUUUUAGGUGGACCUAAAGAGUUGUCUAAUGCCCCAUGAAGACCGUACUAAUGUACUCUCCUUUUCUCAUUUCACCUCUUUGGAAAUCUCUUUUAUUGAAGGGACUUAGUAUUUGUGAGAGUGUAUUUGCUACAAGUGGACACUUACACUUUCUUAACUUCACAAUAUGAGGAACAGAAAGAGGUAAAGAUGGCACAGGGUGUGGCAGGGACAAAUGAGGACGAGGUCAAUUCAAAUGUGCAGGUUAGGAAGAAUUUUUGUGGGCACAGUGCUUUCUGGGAAACUCUGAAUGACUAUAUUUGCAUGCCUCCUUCUUCACAAAAGGAAAUAUGCAAGUUGUUAGGGCCUAAAAAUAAAUAUGAGAGUCAGACACCAAAUAAAUCAAGUUUUACAUAACAGUUAUAUGCCCAGUUUAUUUAGGUGAGAUUUCACAUUACAGAGUAUUUGAGGGGCAUGAAAAUGGGUUAGCCUCUGUUUUCUAGUUUGGCAAAAAUUCAGAAAUUCAUCACAUUGCUUUGCCCUAAUUUUGCCCAGAAAUUUAUCUCCAGCUCCUGUUGGAGAUAUGUGCUGCCUCUCUCUAACAGUGGUCAAUCACUUUUAAAAAGCCAUCCUAAUCUGGCUUUCUUUCUAGAACCGUGAAAAUGACCAAUAAGCAGAUUGGAAGAGAUUUCAAGUCGUUAAAACAUUCCGUUGAGAAUUUUUCUGGUGGGACAAAAUGGGAGAAUGAGAGACUGGGAUUUGGAUUUGGCUACAAAGUAGGGUAUGUCUUUCCCACGUACAUAAAACCAAUUGUAUAUGUGCAACAGUGUAUGUUUGUACAUACAUACACACUCUUUUAAAAUGAAAAGGAGCAAUUAGUGACCACAUGUGUUGCAAAAGCACAUAAAGAGUUAAAAUUAUAAUACCUGAGCAAUUUAUGAAAUUUACCAGAUUGUAUUAACAAAUAUUAAAGAAGUUAUUAGUGUGUCUUUAGGACUAGUUCAACUAUUAAACUUAAACCUUGGGUCUUUACAGUCUAUUUCCAGAAGAAGUCAAAACACACAAAAAGAUCUUUAAGCUGAUUUGGUAUAACUUCCAAAGUGAAAGAAACACAAAUAACUUUGGAAUAGGAAGAUACAGAAAAGAAAAAUGAUUAAUUUUACUUGUUAGCAAAGGAGAAAGACCAGAAUAUUUUAGUGAGCUUGAUGUUGUUUUUCCUUACAGUUAUUGUGUAUCAGUUCUACACCUCAUAAAACUAUGAAGUCUUUAUAUGUUAUAAAGGUUUUACAAAAUACACGUUAGUGAAAGCAUUUAGAUGAAAAUUAUGUUUUACUAAUUCUCCAAAUGUUAUUUCAUCCUGUCUCCAAAAUGAUUCUGUAAAGUAGAAAAAAGAACAGAAAAACUACAAAAAUACAAACAAAAAUCUGCAUGCCCCUAGUGUCAAGACAGAACUUGGAUCAUAAGAGGUACUGGCUACAUUAUUAUUAUUUUUUUUUACUUUGAAAAGUUCGUUUUACAGAAAGGGAUAUGUUACAUAUGUGGUCAUCUUUAGUUAUAUUUUAUAUAUUAUUUUAGUAAGUACUAUCCGUAUGGGGUUGUCAAAAAAAAAAAAAAAAAUUCCCCAAACGCAAAAGAAAAAAAGAGUAGGGGUGAAAUUGAAGUUUGUAUAUAUGAGAGUUAUCUUAGAAAUGUUUUUAAACCACCAGUUUCUGCAAAAUAAUUAAAAUAUACAGUAACUGGUAUCUUAAGAUCCUGACUUUAAUGUAUUAAAUACUUAUAAAAUUUCUUUAUAUUGGUGCCUUUUUAAAAUGCAUUGAGAGAGUGUUGGUUAGCUAUUGUAGCGCUACAAACACUUUUAUUAUGUAUUUUUAAAAACCACUUAAAUUUGAGUACUAUAGAAUACAUCUUCGUGUUCUUAGAGCAAAACUAUUAGAGGAAUUUCCAAUACAGAGAAUUUCAGCUCAUCUGUUUAAAGUAAAAGGAAACUUUGAAACAAGAUUUUAAUCUUACUAGUUUGAUAGUAUUUCUGAAUACCGUUACAAGAUCACGUAGGUAAAAUAUGGCAUAGAGGGAAAUUUCAGCUGUGAAUUGCGUUAUGGUAUGUGGUGUUUGUUUGUUUGUCUUUAAGGAAGAAUAAUUUCUAGUAUCACACAAGGCUUUACUAGUGGAAUUUUUGGUCAAUAAAAUACAGUAUUGUUUUAGAAUUUCAUUUACAGACUAGUGUUGUACUAGUCUGAGAACCUGUCUCCUAAUCUGUUAAUGUUUUAUGGAAAAUGUAAAGAAGCAGGUAAUUAAUUCUCCUUGAACAAAACAAAACUGAACAGUCAUAUCACAUUGCUAUUCUCCAAAGCAUAAUCUCAAAUGGUUUCCUACCAUGAUUGUGUAUUACUUGCAAUGGAUGUGUUAGGAUAUGACAGCUUUUUAAAAAAAAACAAAAA